ACCGUCCUUUUUUUCUUCUUUUUCUUUGGAAAAAAUCCAAAGGAGCAAGCCCUAGCUCGUCCGAAUCCAACCCCCUCGCCGAACAAAUGUCCGACCGCCGCCGGGACAAGGAGAGGCCCCGCGAGCGCGGCGGCUACGACCAGCCGCGGGAGCGCGACCACGACAGCCACCGCGACGCCGACCGCCACCGCGACCGGGACCGGGACGUCGACCGCCACCGCGACCGGGACCGGGACCGCGGCCAGGACAAGGAGCGGGAGCGGGACCGCGACCGGGACUGCCGCCGCGCCCGCAAGCGCUCGCGCUCCCGCUCCCCCUCGGCCGACAGGGACCGCGCCCGCCGCCGCCGCUCCCACUCCCACUCCCACCCCCACCGGUCCCGCUCCCCCGACGCCGCCCGCCACAAGCGCCGCCGCGAGGGGUCGCCCGUCGCCGACCGAAAGGAGGAGGACAGGAAGCCGGAUCCCCCCUCCGCCCCCAAGGCCGCCGAGGAGGCCGCCCCGGUGGGCGACGGGGACGUGGACGCCGAGGAGCUGGAGAUGAUGAAGAUGAUGGGGAUCCCCGUCGGGUUCGACUCCACCAAGGGCAAGUACGUCCCCGGCGCCGACGUCAGCGGCGUGCGCGCCGUCACCAAGCGCCAGCCGCGGCAGUACAUGAACCGCAGGGGCGGGUUCAACCGUCCCCUGCCGCCCGAGGUCAACCGCUGAGGAGGCUAUCUUCAUUACGGUAUUGCUUAUUGGUCUGACCUACUGUCUGCUUCACCUGUCAAAAAUUUACGGAACAUGUCUGCUUUCCAAAAUUCAACUUCGAAACCAUUUUGUUAUUUCUCUGUAGUCGAAAUCCUACUAAUCAGGUAUGUUGUUGGUAAAUCUAUUCAAGUAAAGUCCUUCAGAUCCUGGGGAUGAUGGUGCUCUUUAGUCCUUUCACCUAUUUGUCACUGACAAGGUUAUGCUUAAUUGCUAUACAGGAUUACUGAUUAUAGGAAAUGAGAUGUUUUAAGUUUUAUCUAGUUCCGAGCAAUAGCGUGACAGCAUAUCUGAUAUUAGUAAACCCUUCGAUUGCCUUGAAGCUUAUUAUCAUAAAUCUAUUCCUGAACAAAACUCUUCUCUUUUUACAAUUGUUCCUUGACACAACUCAGUGUUUGCUGUACAGGGCUCUGUACUUCUAGCCUGUUAUUACAUUGAUUGAGUUUUUUAUAUUCUGUUGAGAUCGUACAACAUGAUUUCAGAUAUAAACCGUGUAAAAAAAGUCUGAUAAGAAUUCCAAUCGGACUAGGAAUCCCCAAGGCUUGUGAGCAAUACCUCUCCAGACAGAUUUAGCAUGAGACUGAAAAUAAUUUUCUAUGAGCCACCAGUUUGGGCUUGUGAAAUUAUUAUCAGUAGACACCAAAAUAGGGGUAUGAUCACUGAUGAUGAUAGAACCUUAUAAACAGUAGACACCAAAAUAGGGGAAGAAGCCUCAUCAUUCAGCAUUAACCAAGCACCUCUCUAGAUUUUCAUAAAUAGGUUCUGAAGAGUAAUGCCUGUUAGUCCAAGUAUAAGCAGGACCACUAAAAACUAAAUCAAUUAGGCCACAUUGCUUAACAAGGUCACAGAAUGCACGCAUAUGGUAUAUAUUAAGAUUAGGAGAGCUUUUGUCUACAUCAUAGAGUGUUGUUGAGAUCUCCCAUAGAUAAGCUGGCCUAAGUUAUCAUACACAACAGAGGCAAUUUGAUCCCAGAUCUGACUAGUCUGACGGUGGGGGAGCACCAUAGAUGCAAACUAGCGCAAACUCUACCCUAGUAACUAUUCUUACAACCGAGGCUAAUACUUAUAAAAGCUAUAAGUAUGAACAUUAACUUGGACAUCGUCAUUCCACAUGGGCCAUAGACCUCCUGAGCCACCCUGAUGGAACUACUACACUAUCAACAUUCAACAACAUCGAAACAGUUAACAAGAUUAGCCGAAUUAACAUUAGAAGAUUUUAUUCCUGAAACGUAGGUUACCUGAGCAUUAGUGGAGCUGGUAGGACUAGGGUCCCUACCAGGCCUCCGGCGUAGGUUGUAUGGACAGGGAGGAGGGGGACGGAGUCUGGAGCGGGCGCGCCGGCGGUCGGGCGCCGUCGCGGCUAGGGUUGGGAGAGGCGGCUAGGGUUCCGGCUCCUUGGGGAGCCGGGCAACAGAAGAUUAUAAUAUCUUUAUUGCUUGAUCUCCAACGGUGUCUUACAACUACUCCCUCCGUC